GGGAACGGGGGGAUGGGGAGGGGGGAGGCGGGCCGGGCAGCAGCAACGCAUGCGCAGUGCCCGCCGCGGCCUCGGCCGCCAGCACUUCCGGCCGCCGCCUGCCUUAAAGGGGCCGACCGGUGAAGCACGCGGCGCUGUGCUGCUCCCUGGUGGCCGCCGGCAGUAUCGCCUUCGUGGUGUCACCCGCCAGCCCAAGCCACGAGUUACCGGCGGGGGUGUCACGGCGAGGUUCGCUCCCCGGUCACAGCAGCGAGUCGUGGAACGCGGUUCCAGGCAUCUCCCGCCCCAAGCCAGCCCCGGCGGGACCACCGGGACCUCCCACGGCCGGCCCGCCAAAUCCCCCACUGCCCCCGCCGAGCGUGCCGGUCGACUGACAACGAGGCAGACCAAUGGAAAUGGCUGUGGCCACACACUGCUGACACCCCACAGUGGCACCCUGAGCUCCAAGAACUAUCCGGGCACGUAUCCCAACCACACCAUGUGUUGCUGGAGGCUCCAAGCCCCCCCGGGUACCUCCCUACUCCUGGCAUUCGGGGAUGUGGAUCUGGAGUCCUCGGAGCACUGUGCCCACAGCUCCUUGCUGCUGGCUGACCCCCAGACCGGCACUGCCUACGGGCCCUACUGCAGGAACUCCGUCCCUUCUGCCCCACUUCUGGUGACAAACUCCAGCACUGUGACUGUCCUGUUCAACAGCACCAGCCACCGCUCGGGACGAGGCCUGCUUGUGUCCUAUGCCACCUCACAGCACCCAGACCUGGUCUCCUGCCUGGUUCGAGGCACCCACUACACCCAGGAGCACAUCAGUGUGUACUGCCCUGCGGGCUGCAAGGACAUCCAUGGGGACAUCUGGGGCAACCCGAGCCAGGGCUACCGGGAUACAUCAGUGCUGUGCAAGGCAGCUGUGCAUGCCGGGGUGAUUGCGGAUGAGCUGGGCGGGCAGGUCACCCUGUCCCGGGAGAAGGGGAUCACGCUCUAUGAGUCGGCCUUUGCCAACGGGCUCCGCUCCAAAAGGGGAUCUCUCUCCGAGAAGCGACUUGUAUUCCACAAAGCCUGUGAUGAUGUGCUGGAGGUGGUCACCUUCAAUGCCUCGUCCUGGUGGCACGAGGUGGACAUGCUGGGCCAGGACCGAGCCUGGGUGGCUGAACGGGCAGCACUUAGCACCACCGGCCACUCCUGGGCCGCUGAACCCGGUGCUGAGGCUGCCUGGCUGGAGCUGGACCUGGGCACCCGAAGGAAUGUCACAGGCAUCAUCACAAAGGGCUCCUCCGAGCAGCAUGACUACUACGUGACGUCCUACCAUGUCUCCUCUAGCCGCGACGGGAAGAACUGGAGACCCUACAGAGGCAGCAGUGGUCAGGAGGACAAGGUGUUUGAAGGAAAUGCUGACAGCCAGGGGGAGGUCUCUAACACCUUUAUCCCCCCCAUCAUCGCCCGCUACAUCCGUGUCACACCGCAGAGCUGGCACCAGCGCAUGGCCCUGAAGGUGGCCCUGGUGGGCUGCCAGCUGGCACGGGUCCGCGUGCCCCGUCCCUACGUGCCCAGUGUCCCCAAGAAGGUGCUUGAACCCACCAGCCACCCAGCCAGCCACACCCCCAUCCCUGGCAUCGCCCUGGACCCAGAGAAGGCAGGCUCCACACUGCUGGUGAUGCUGCUUAUUGGCGGCUUUGUGCUUCUCUGCUCCUGCCUCCUGCUCCUGGCUUUCCUCUACCACAGGAAGAGGAAGUCAGCAGUGGAGCUGAACUGCGGGAUCACAAAAGGGUACCCCAAGCUGGAGUCAAGCCAGGUCUGCUCCCUGCAGAGCCUGCCAGCCCCCAGCCUGGCCUCCUUCCCCAUGGCCUCCACACCAGGGGAUCUCAGCUGGACCCAUUCUCCAGAGUACACUGAGCCAGACCUGGUGCAGGUGAGCCCCAGCAGCCAGACAGGUCCCUCCACCUUCAAGCCACUCCUGGAAGAGGGCUACACUCUACCACUGGUCCAGAACCACUAUGACACCCCAGGGAAGCACCAUGAGUACGCGGAGCCGCUGCCGCCAGAGCCUGAGUACGCCAUGCCAUUCAGUGAGCCGGAGCCCGCUGGGAUGCGCUGCAGCACUUGCAUGGUCGCAGGAUCUGCCGGGUGCCCCCCGGUGCAGUACCAGACCCCUGCCCUGCGGCCCGGGGAGCUGCCCGCUGGGGUGGAGCGGACUGGCAGCCCCUGUUCUGAGGGGUCCCGUGGGUGGCCUAGGCACUGUCCCCUCGCACACGUGUACCAUGAGGCUUUGUGAGGAGGGGAGCAGAGCGGCGUGGUAUUGGGCGGGGAGAAUGCGUGUAAAGGGGGACGUCCUCCUUGCGCUCGCAGUGGGCUUUUUUAAAUUUAUCCUAUGUAAAUAUAUGUUUUAUAUAUAGAAA